UACCACCGCUUACAGAAAACGGUCACUUUGCGGUGUGGAAGUACAAAACAAAUUGCAAAUAUUAGGCUUGCGAUUUGCCAAUAUCCGUUAUUAUGUCGUUCCACUUGAGUACAAAAGAGCGCCUUUUGCUCCUGAUCGACGACAUCGAGAUGAUAGCCAAGGAAUUGAUCGAGCAGGCGCACCAGAAAAUCUCCAGUACGGAACUGGUGGACCUGUUGGAUUUGUUGGUGGCCAAAGACGAAGAAUUUCGUAAAAUGUUGGAAUUGGCAGAGGAGCAGGCCAAAGUAGAGGAGGCGAUGGAUAAACUCCGAGCGAAGGUUGAAGUGCACGACCGUGAGAUCCAGAAGCUGCAAAAGUCUCUAAAGGAUGCCGAGCUCAUCCUGUCCACGGCUAUUUUCCAGGCACGUCAAAAACUAGCCAGCAUUAAUCAAGCCAACAAACGACCGGUGUCCUCGGAGGAACUGAUCAAAUACGCCCAUCGGAUUAGCUCCGCAAAUGCGGUCAGUGCUCCAUUGACCUGGUGCAUAGGUGAUUUGAGGCGUCCCUAUCCCACGGACAUCGAAAUGCGCAACGGGCUGUUGGGGAAGUCCGAGCAGAAUAUCAACGGGGGACCAGUAACUCACCAGAACAGUGGAAUGCCUUCGGAACAGCAGAGAACAUUGUCCGGAAGUGGAGGAAGUGGGAGUGGUAGUGCGGGCGGUGAGGUGCCCAAUGCCUACCAAAAUCAAUUCAAUUGGAACCUGGGAGAGCUGCACAUGACCAUGGGGGCUUCUGGUAACACGGUGGCCUUGGAAACUCGUGCCCAAGACGACGUGGAGGUCAUGUCCACAGAUAGCUCGAGCUCCAGUUCCAGCGACUCACAGUAGAUUCGAAAAAAUUAUUCUAAUUAAAUCUCGUUUAAGCUAGUAUUAAUAGGUAUUUAAUUAAAGCGCUUUAUAAGGAA